AGAAGUGAGGAGAGGCUCAUUCAUUUGUUGAUGUUAGACGCUUUAAUACUUAAAAAAGUUGCUGCUUUAUCAGUUCCUCACAAGCUAGACUGACACGAUGGUGAUAAUGGAAAGGAUCAAAGUCUCUUUGAGUGUUGUAGGUGUUCUCCUUGUCUGCGCAACAAGUCUCGCUUCUGAAACUCCUUGGAGCAACUGGACCGAAUGCACGCAGACCUGUGGGUACGGAGUUCAGUUUCGCCAUCGUCCAUGUCCUCACGGCGAUCAUGCAGAAUGCACUGUCUCUGAACUAGGAGAACUGAAAAGAUGCAAACUCCGUGAAUGCCCAAUAGACGGAGGAUGGAGCGACUGGUCCAGGUUGCGACCUUGCAGUAAGACCUGUGGCGAAGGAGGAGUUCGGGCAAGGUACCGGACGUGCACUAAGCCCAGACCUCAACAUGGCGGUCUGCCGUGUGAAGGAAGCAGAAUGGAUCGUAUGCCUUGCUCUCCACUUGGGGCAUGCCCUGUCGAUGGAGGUUGGAGUGAUUGGACAGAAUGGGGUGCAUGUCAGGCCAAAGUCUGUAGAAAAAGAGGCAAUCGUUUCCGGACCAGGCGCUGCAACAAUCCCGAGCCCCUGUACGGUGGGUCUCAUUGUGAGGGCGCUAGCAGUGAGAGUGAGAAAUGCAAGAAGGCCGACUGCCCAGUUCACGGCGGCUGGAGUGCGUGGAGAGAUUCUACCUCCUGCUCCACUACAUGUGGAAUUGGUAAUCAAAUACAGACCAGGACCUGCGACAAUCCGGCCCCUGCCGAUUCCACUACCAGGAGUGGAAAAGACUGCAUUGGGGAAUCAUCGAAAACGAUCCAGUGCCGGGUUCCAACCGCGUGUCCUUUUGAUGGGAGUGAUGGCUCGUCCUCUUUUGAGUCAAGUUUCACCACAACCACCUCAACCACCCCAGGGGAAGUGGCCAUAGACAGUGAAUGGUCAUCCGUUAGCUCAGUAGCUGAUCCUGAUCCUGGCCCAGAACUGCCAAAAGAGAAACCAAAUGGUGGAAGUUGGGCCAGUGUUAGUGAUGAUGAUUGGGUAAGUGAUGAUUGGGCAGAAACGACUACCCCCGCGACUACCCCAGAGAAUGAGCAAUUAAGCUCUUUUGAAGAACCAUCGGUAGAUCCUCCUGCAAACCCUGGGAAUGAGCCAUCCGCAAGCUCUUUUGAUGAUUCACAGGUAGAUGGUUCUACAACCCCAGGUAACCAUGGCAACGGAGGAGAUGAAUGCGAUCCCGCGUCUGAUCCAGACGCGUCAUCUUUCUGUCCGUAAGACAAUAGCCGAACCCGUGUUUACAGGCAUCGUUUAACCAUGGACCUACUAUCGAAGUAGUCUUAGUAGGUCCAUGGUUUAACAAUGUUAAAUCUGAGAUACAUGACCCCACGUAUCAUCAGUGUAAUAGUGUAAUAUUGAAGCCCAAAAAAAAAAUGCGCUUCAAAAGGAUAAGGAGUGCCUCAACAAAUUACAAAUCUUUGAGUGACUUUACCAUACUCAUUUUUCCCAAUAGACUCACUGUAG